GCACAUCGGCCAGAAGCAAAACACCAUCGACACCACCCAAGAUACGGUCAUCCAGAUAGAUUAGCAGCCAGCUCAUCGCAGAAUAGCCCUCUGUACCGUCAAUCUCAGCCUUCUCAGGCCAUCAUCCCGGCUUCUGAAUGCUCUCUGUACAGAGCAACAACUCCGGGCAUCCCACUCUUUCCCGGAGCGCCCUCGUUCACGGUUCAGGAUGCUGAUGGUCUUCCGCCAUGUCAACGUCGAUCGACUUUCCUCCCCGUCGGCUCACCCAUCAUCCACCAUCUUACCCAUCGAUCCACCCACUCACUAUCUCGCGCUUCCUCUUCAGUCUCUGUAUUGCUCCAAACCUUCGUCUCAAGGUACCACCAAAGGCAAUACGUGCCACCAAUCUACUUCCCCAUACGCCACCACCUCCUCCUCCCCUCCCACUACGGCGGACGUGCCAACGUUGCUCUGCGGGGUCCUACCCCGACCGUUGGGUGUUCCGUCACUCCGAGCUACCGGCCUAACAACGCUUCACCCCAUAUCCGUACUACUUGCCUACUUUACUUACCUCACCUGUCGAACGAGGUUGAGUUCAAACCUCGAGAUAAGACUCCAGGCUGCCGUAGGUACCCCCCGACCGCCUCGUCUAGGGGAGUGGGAAUGACGACAAACAAAAAACUUACGGAUAUUCCGCCCGGAUUUUGA